AUGGUUGCUCAUAAAGAGAGGCAAAUUGAUCCAGUGGAAAAAGGAAAGGAAAUAAUUAAGAAACCUGAUUCUCAGGGGAUGCAGCAAUCAAACAGAUGGAAUUAUCAAAAAUUUAGAAAAGAAAGAAUAAGAAUCCUAGCCAGUGGAAGGGUUCUAGGUGAUCCAGGAAACUGGAAUGUAGUCAAGGAUGGAAGAGAGCUUAUUAACCAAAAUCAGUUCAAGGAAAGUGAGACUGAUAAUGAUGGAUCACCUUCAAGAGUUGUACAAGUCCUUGACAAAUCAAAAGAUGCCGAUACAGUUGUGGCAGACAAAGUAAAUAUAGAAGAAGUGAUCAAUCAAUUUCAUAGAUAUGAGGAGUGCAAUCCCAUGACAAUUGAUAAUGCAAUGAUGAAUGAGAAGACUAGUAUUGUUAAACCAAAUGUUAUCAUGCCAAGUGAGAAGACUGAGGUAUCCAAGAACAACAAAGACAAAUUGAAUAAUGUGCCUACAGAAGCAAUUGGGGAGACUACAAAAGAGUGGGUGAAUAAAUCCUUUGUUACAGAAAAGACAGUUGAGGAAGAGGAACCAAAUCAUGCUACAAUACAGGAUGAAAUAGAGGACAAUAUCCUACCAAUAGCAGAAGAGGAUACUGUUAAGAUCAAGUCUCAUAUGAAGGACUUGUAUGAUAUUGUCUCUCAUUAUAUGAUAGAGACUGAGGUUAUUCUUAAAAAGGGUGAAAAGGCUGCAAGCACAUGUGAUGUUGAGGAAUCUGAGGCUGUGGCUGCAGUCUUAGAUAAGGUAGGAGUGGCAGCAGGAUUAUCUCCAAAAUCUCACUCUAAGGCAUCAAAGAAGAAACAUGGUAACUCUAAAGGGCAACCACUUAGAGCUAUUCCAUACAGAGUAGCAAAAGAUGUGGAUAUUAUGUGGGAUGAUUCUCAACAAAUAUCCUAUAAGCUUACUUUCCAACGGAUGAACAAGAUCAUGUUUGUCACCAUGGUCUAUACAAAGUGUGAUGCAAUGGAAGGAUUAGUUUUGUGGAAUAGUCUUUAUAUUCUAGCUGGUGGGAUGGUAGCUCCUUGGCUGAUAGGGGGUUUUAAAGGAAGCCCUUUCACUUGGUGGAAUGGGAGAUCUGAUGGGCAGUCAAUGGUUGGUUUCAGUAAAGUGGAUCAUCUUUCUAGGACUGGUUCUGACCAUGCUCCUUUGUUGUUAUCCGAUAAUGAACAACAGCAGCAAUUUAUUAGGCCUUUCAAAUUUCUGAAGUUUUGGAAGAGGAAAGGGAUAUAUUCUUAUCUUUUUAAAAAGAAAGUGAAGAAAAUUAAAGUUGUUUUAUCAGCAUGGAGUAGGCAGGUGUUUGGGGACAUAUUCAAGCAGUUGACUAUUAAAGAGGACAUUGUGAGAAUUAAAGAACAGUUGUUUGAAGAAUCUCCUACUGAAGUUAAUAGAAUGGUGUUACAAAGAGCUCAAGCUGAACUUAAGAGAUACUUGCACUAUGAAGAGGAGUGUUGGAGACAAAAGUCUGGCUAUGAUUGUUUUGCUGAGGGGGAUAGAAACACCAAAUUUUUUCACAAUAUUGUAAAUGGUAGAAGGAAAAGAACUCUAAUUAGGAGAAUUCAAAAUGGUGAUGGUAACUGGAUAGAAAGUGCUAAUGAGAGAGCAGAUGAGGCCAUCUCCUUUUAUCAAAAGCAAUUCACUCAGGAUUCAAUGCAGAACUUUCAAUCUGAAAUGGCUAUAUUGGAUCAUAUUCCUAGUAUGCUUUCACAGGAGGAAAAUGCAGAUAUUGUUGCUAUCCCAACUAUGAAAGAGGUCAAACAGGCUGUGAUUGAAUUAUCAGGGGAUAGUGCUAGUGAUGUAUUUCAUGUGGUGAAGGUGUUCUUUGAGGGUCAGACUUUGCCUAAGUCUAUCACUCAUACAAACCUGGUUUUGUUGCCUAAGAAGAAUGAAGUAGAAAGCUUUUCUGACAUGAGGCCAAUUAGCCUUAGUAACUUUAUUAACAAAGUUAUCUCUAGGGUGGUGCAUCACAAAUUGGAGAAGGCCCUACCUAGACUGAUAUAUGCCAAUCAAUCAAGUUUUGUAUGGGGCAGAAAUAUCAUUGAGAAUGUUUUGCUAACCCAAGAGAUUGUUUCUGAUAUAAGGUUAAGAGUACUAACAAGGGCUCUUAAUGCAUUAUUUGAUGAUCAAGCUUUCAAAGGGUAUGGAAUGCCAAAAUGGAGUGCCAAUCUUAAUCACUUGGCUUAUGCAGAUGACACCAUAGUUUUUGCUUCAGCUGAUGCAAAAUCAUUGGAGUUAAUUAUGGAUACUUUGAAGGCUUAUGAAGACAAAAUGUCGAUUGAUUAA